AUGACAAACAAGACAACUUGUAGCCAAAAAAUUAAACCCAUGAGUGAAAAUGUGCCAAUACCAACUGCUGUGAAUGUACAAAAUGGACUAUCGAAUACACAAACUGUUGGAUAUCUGAAUUCUACAAAGAGAGCAACGAAAUAUCCACUCAGUAUCCAUUCGUUCAACAAAAGCGACUCAUAUCGCCAGAGUCUGUUGGAAGAUAUCGAUACCAUCUACAGAAAUGAGAUACUGGCUGCUCACGGGUCACCAACCUGGGUGGCUGAAAUCAGUAAACAGAUGACCCAUAGUGGAGAGUCUCCUCUUUUCUUACAGAACUUACUGUCACCUCACAAGCCUGAUCACAAAUCAAAGAGACCCAGUUCAGCUCGAUCUGUAGUAGAGGGUAAAUAUUAUCGACCAAAUCGUAUGCACCAGUAUCUGUCUCCUACCGAGCUUCGAGAUCACUGGCAAGGUGAAAUAGAUGUUAAGUAUGGUAAACCAACAAGAACCACAUUAUUGAGAGCUCAACAAAGGGCUGGAUCGGUGCCAGUGAACGCAUAUGAUGAGAGACGGAAACAGAUCGAAAAUGAAAAGAAGCUACAGGCCAGUUGUCAAAGUUUGUUCACACCGAAAGAAUCUUAUGAUGUAGACACAGACGGCGAGUCACAGCAUUCUUUCCUCACAGGCGCAAGAUAUAAUUCAGCUCAUAUAUUAGACAGUAGAAGUCUAUGUCUGUAUGGUAUUUAUAUGCCGAGAGAAAAUCCUGAAAGAUAUUUUGUUAAUAGAAAGAAACAAGAUAGAAAAUAUCAAUGUCCUUCAGCACCACCAGAUUCACCGAGAUCAACAACUAAUUCAGUAUCUUUUGUUAAAAGAAUCAGACCGAAAACUGCUCCAAAUUAUGGUCGAAGGUCAUCACCAUCACCACGACAAGCCUGGGUUCAAACACCAACCCCAAUCCAAACACCAAGACCAGAAAGUUAUACAGGCAUAAUGUCCCCUGAACAACAACCAAAUAUUAAGUCUCUUCUCCCCAGUGUAAAAGGUAUCUCUGUUUCCAAAGCCGCUAAAAAUAUGAUGCGUCUUUCAAGCGAGUACUGUACUCAGUCACCUCCGCCUUCACCUUCUGGAAGAGAAGCAAGUAAUGUAGAUGAUGAUAAUAGAUCUAACAAACUGGAUGAAAAAUCAAACGAUGUACCUUAUUUCAUAACCGAGGGAAAAGUGGAAUACACAGGUGAAGCUCAAAAUGAAAUUUAUGGACGUUCUGUAAGCCUUAAACCUAUGCAAAUUAUCGGAGAGGAGGUGCUCGUGGAAAAGCCAGUUACCCCAGAAAGACCUGGUAGGAAAGGAUCUGCUCAGAGCAAAAAUACAGAAUCACAAAAUGGACAUAUUCAAGAUGGUAUUAAGAAAUGUCCAGAAUGUGAAAGACUAGAACUUAGUUCUAAAGCUCCUGUUGAACAUGACACACAUGUAAUUUCUCGGAAUGUUUCGUCACCACUUUCGUCUCAUAUUAUCACUAUCCCAUCAGAUGCGGUCAUAAAUCAAAGUACAGCGAAGGAGGUAGAUGACAUACCAUAA